AUGUCAGUGAAAUCAAGCGUCAAUCAAAUUCAAAUUACAAAACGAAAACGAUUUUAUUUUGAAAUUAAAGUUUUUUUGCAAGUUAUUGAUAGAAAACGCUAUUUAUGGUACCAAAUAUCCGAUAAACUGCAACUGCAUCAGCAGCACUAGUGUUUAUGUUCAAUACAGUCAUUGUACACGCCGAUUUCCCGCGGAAAGUGAAACUUUCGCUGCGAUUACGUUCACAAUAGCACAAUGCUAUCUUCAUCUAAUAUAGAAAGGCUAAUUGCAGAGAAAAGGCAUGAGAUUGAGAGGGAGAAAUUAGUGAUGGGUUUAUCGCCGCCGGUUAAUGAACAAGUCCACCAAAAUGUCAGACAAGACACAGAGGCAGCAGAUGUCAGAAAGCAAGUGAGCUUCACAGAUAUCGGAGAUCAUCCAUAUCACAAUGACUCCACAGACCACCAGAAAGAAAAGAACCUCUCAGACACAACAGCCCAGGAACUUGAUAACAGCAUACCACCAGAUCUAGAGAGAUAUAUUAGGCGCUACGUAGGCUUGCCCGUGAUGUUGAAGGCCGGCGAGUAUUCUCCCAACAACCCGCUGGUGCGAGCGGAACGGGCGCCGGGCGACGCUCUACUCGGGCUCGGCGAGUACGAGCGACGUCGCAACACGCUGCGCAAGAUACGCCAGCAGCAGUACCGGGAGUACUUGGAUCAGCAAGCCAAAAAGAAACAAGAAGCCAAAGAACAAGCGGAAAGAGAGCGUCGUGAGCGGGAGCAGAAGGAAAGAGAGCGAGAAGAGAGGGAGAGAGAGAUACUGCAAGAACGAGAGAGAUAUAGCGCAGAGCGACGGCGCAGCAUCCAAUAUGUGCCAGAGACAACCAGCUAUUCUACCAAUAAACAUUGUUUCAGUAAGGUGGACACGGGAAUCCAAGUGGACGGGUUCUCCUGUCCGCUCUCCGUCGCCGUGCAAACUGAUGACAGCGAUAUGUUCCGGCUGGCGGGUGGGCGGGCGUCGCUCGAGCUGACGCCGGCGGAGCGGGAGCUGUCGCCGCGCGGCGCGGUGGGACACUCGCAGUGGCAGGACUCGCACUGCGCUAGGAGACGCAGCUAUGGAGAUUUUGAUGAGCGCACAUCAACCUUAGUAAAGAAAUCAAACCGAGAUAAGCUAACAUCAGAUCUACGUCACCAGUACAUGCCUUCUAUAUUCGAUGCAGAUGCCAUACAGCUACGGAACUUACAGGCCGAGAAAGAGGCGGCGGAACGUCGUCAGUUCUACCAACAGGAGCUAAAGAACCAAAUACUAGAACAACAGAGAAUUAGAGAAGAAAGGAAGACUAGAGAGAAAAUGUUGGAGCAAGCAGAGAUGCGUCGCCUAGAGGAACAACUGCGCAUGUUACGUGUCGCGCAGGACAGGGAGAUCGGGAAACAGAAAGAUAUUACUGCCUCCAUUAAAGAAAGCUCCACAGACUACCACUCCAAACGUACAGAGUUACAAAGAGAAAUAGAAGCCGAACAACGCAACCUCCGCGCCGCCUCACUCCCACACAAGCCCAACCAGAGACAACUACAACGGAACACUAAUACUUCACGGAGCGAUACCAACCCUUCGAAACUACCCUUCUUCUACCCCUCGUUACAAGAAAGAAAUAACGAAAUCACAGAUAAAAAACCCUACUCAAUGAACAUACCGGACAACUCUAUAUUCUCAGCUAACUACGACGUAGAUAGUUAUUUACGAAGAAAUCUAAACUUCAACAAAGAUAAAGAAAAACCUAAAACGUAUGAAAAAGAUGAUGAUAGCAUCGUUACUUUGCAUGCACCUAAAACAAUUGUUGAAAAGGCCUUAGUUCAUAAUACUGAAGAUAGGUUCGACCGUCCCAUUGAAAAAGAACCGUCCUAUAAGAAAACCAUUGAAAAUGUCGACACACUACCUAUUCCUGUGUUGAGACACUCGCCUAAAACGCAAGGUAGUUCGGAAGAUAGUUCUAAAAUGAGUGAAGCAAUGAAAAAAGUAGAUGAUAAGUGGAAAGUGCCUGCAGUUCAGAAGAAUAUACUGAAAGCUUUGCCAAAUGAGGAAGGGAAAAGUAUGAAUAUAUUGACUCAACUCGGAUCUAUAAGACGGCAGUUGCAACUUGAACAGUUGAGGUUGGAUAAAAUGGUUAAUAAAGAUGAUGUAUGAGGGUUUAGCUUAUAAGCUAGGAAUUGCUUGAAUUAUGUAGGAAAAUUAAGGCACUGGUACUGUGUUUAAAAAAAACAUAUUUUUAAUUUUGAGUUGAUGAUAAAGUUGGUAAUGGAUUCUACAGCAGGUACGGAUAAAUUAUAACAGACUUCUUAUCCAAUUAUUUGUAUAAAUAUGUAAUAGUGCUUUUUUCAAAAAAAAAAAGCAAAAUCUAUACUAAUAUUAUAAAGCUGAAGAGUUUGUUUGUUUGUUUGAACGCGCUAAUCUCAGGAACUACUGGUCCGAUU